AUGCUGUUUGUGUCUCUCCUGGUCACCAGUGAAGAACCAUGUUCCCCCUCCAAUUCUACACCUGUCGAGGCUCUCCAGUUAUGGUUACCAUCUGCAAUUGGCCCUGGUACGCAGUGUGCGGCGCAACUUCAUAUUUUCGAAUGGAAGUUAUGCUACACUCAAGCAAAUGAUGCCUUAAAGGACAUCCGGAAUCUUCUACAUCUCCGAUCCCACCUAUACAAGUUCAAGGAUAGCAAUAUUAUUGGCCAGGCAGCCAACACCCACACAAGAAGUACCAUCAACAAGGCUGAUGCCAAAGUCAACAUGGCCGCUGAGCAUUACAAAGCUGCAAGGGCAGCACUUGCAAGUUUGGCACCAAUUCUCAAUGAGGAUCAGACAUGGAAGGAGAUCUUCAAGCCUCUCAAUUGGAGCAAGGACCUGAAAGCAUUGAAGGACAUGUGGGAGAAGGAGAUGGAGGGGACAUGA